AUGAGUGUCUUCACGCGGCCCCGGGACGGGAUGGCCCCGUCGGGAGAGGACUGCGUGUCUGUGUACCAGCGGUUAAGUCAGAGGAUGCUGGACAUUUCCGGGGACCGUGGCGUGCUGAAGGACGUCAUCCGAGAAGGUGUCGGAGAGCUGGUGACGCCGGACGCCUCGGUGCUAGUCAAAUAUUCAGGCUACCUGGAGCACAUGGACAAACCCUUUGACUCGAAUUGCUUCCGGAAAACACCGCGACUCAUGAAACUUGGAGAGGACAUCACGCUGUGGGGCAUGGAGCUGGGCCUGCUGAGCAUGCGCCGCGGUGAGCUGGCCCGCUUCCUGUUCACCCCAAACUAUGCCUAUGGGGCGCUGGGCUGCCCGCCGCUGAUCCCCCCCAACAGCACCGUGCUGUUUGAGAUCGAGCUGCUGGACUUCCUGGACUCCGCCGAGUCUGACAAGUUCUGUGCCUUGUCUGCUGAGCAGCAAGACCAGUUUCCACUUCAGAAGGUCCUCAAGGUGGCAGCCACCGAGCGUGAGUUUGGCAACCACCUUUUCCGCCAGAAUCGCUUCUGUGAUGCCAAAUCGCGCUAUAAACGGGCCCUGCUGCUCCUGCACCGCCGGGCCACCACCCCGGAGGAACGCCCCCUGGUGGAGGCCGCCAAGCUCCUCGUCCUCCUCAACCUGUGCUUUACAUACCUGAAGCUGGAGCGGCCGGCCCCGGCCCUGUGCUACGGCAAGCAGGCACUGGUCAUCGACCAGAGGAACCCCAAGGCCCUCUUCAGGUGUGGACAGGCCUGCCUCCUCAUGACCGAAUACGAGAAGGCCCGGGACUUUCUGGUGCGAGCCCAGAAGGAGCAGCCCUUCAACCACGACAUCAACAAUGAGCUGAAGAAGCUGGCCAGCCACUACAAGGACUACACGGAUAGAGAGCGAGAAAUGUGUCACCGGAUGUUCUCGUCUUGUGACUCCGACUUGUGA